CUCAACAUGUCCGUGCCCAAGACGAUGAAGGCCGUGCAGGUGCGCGGCGGCAAGGGCGCGUCGGACAAGCUCUUCCUCGACGACGUCGACGUGCCGCAGCUGCGCGACGGCGAGGUGCUCGUGCGCGUCCUCACCGCCGGCGUCAACCGCAUGGACUGCCUCGAGCGCGAGGGCCAGUACCCCGUGCCGGCGCACUCCAACGGCAUCAUGGGUGUCGAGUAUGCCGGCAAGGUCGUCGCCAGCAACGCAAGCGACGGACCCAAGGUCGGCGACGAGGUCUUUGGCCUGACGGUCGGCGGCUGCUACGCCGAGUAUGUCGCCGCGCCUGCAUCGAUGCUGCUGCAGAAGCCUGCGGAGCUCUCGUUCGAAGAGUGUGCAGCUGUGCCUGAAGUCUGGCUCACCGCCUACCAGGCGCUUUUCUGGCUCAACGACCUCAAGAAGGGCGAAGAUGUGCUCGUUCACGCCGGCGCCAGCUCCGUCGGUCUGGCGGCCGUGCAGCUGGCGCGGCGUCACGGCGCACGCAACAUCUACGUCACUGCCGGCUCGCCGGAGAAGAUCGAGACGUGCAAGAGCGUCGGCGCCACCGACGGCAUCAACUACAAGGACGGCGACUGGGCGGAGAAGCUCAAGAGCCUCACUGGUGAUGGCGGCGUGGACGUGAUCCUGGACUUCCUCGGCGCCUCUUACUUUGCCCAAAAUCUCGCCUCGCUCAAGCGCGACGGCCGUAUGUCGAUGCAGGGCUUCAUGGGCGGCGUCAAGGUGGAUGACACGAGCCUGGCGCCGAUCCUGAUGAAGCGCCUGCGCAUCACGGGCUCGACGCUGCGCUCGCGCGACCUCGAGUAUCAGGGGCGUCUGUUGCAGGAGCUGCAGAAGCAGGGCAUCAUCGAUGCGCUCGUCAAGGCGGAGCAGGACAACAAGCACCGCAUCGUGAUCCACAAGGUCUUCGACCUCGCGCAGGUCAAGGAGGCGCACGACAUGAUGGAGGCCAACCAGAACAGCGGCAAGAUCGUGCUGCGCGUGGCCAGGGACUGA